AUGAUCCCCCUGCAGGGCAUCGACGUGCCCUUUCACUCCGCCCAUCUCAGACCGGGCGUCGCCUCGGACCGUAAUUCCCUGGAGGAGCGCAUCCCGCAGACCGAGGUGGAUCCGGUCAGGUUGGUGGGCAACUGGAUCUCCAAUGUGAUGGGGACGCCGUUCGAGUUGAGUCGUGAGUAUAUUUUGGGCGAUGGUCGGGUGCUGUGGGGCUGCGCCUGUCGCUACACGUCAGUAACAGACAUCCAGAACGCGUAG